UUUUUAUAAAGAAUCAAUUUUUAAUUUUGUUAUUUGGUUUUGUAAUUUUAUUAUGGCUGGAAUUGACUUUGGCAAUAUGAAUUGUUAUCUGGCUGCGGCCAGAAAUAAGGGAAUUGAAGUGUUGAUGAAUGACUAUUCCCUUCAUGCUACCCCGUCAUGUAUUUUGUUUGGGCAGACAUCGCGUUUAAUGGGCUUUGGUGCACGCCAACAGUUAAACAUGCACUACAAGAACACAGUCUUAUACUUCAAACAAUUAUUGGGAAAGCAGUACUCUGAGGAAUUUAUUCGUUUAUUUGGCUCUUCAAUUCCCUGCGAUAUUGUUCAACUCAAAAAUGGGGACAUCGGCCUAAAGGUGAUGUAUUUAAAUGAAGAGAGGAUUUUUACACCUGAACAGGUUCUUGCAUGUCUUUUUACACAUCUUCGACUACUUUUGAGUAAAUCUUUGGGAGCUGAUAUUAACGAGUGUGUUAUGAGUGUUCCUUUUUAUUUUGAUGAGAAACAGCGGAAAAUUGCUUCGUUGAAAAUUCGUUUAAUAAAUGAGCAUGCUGCUUUGGCCUAUAAUUAUGGGAUUUAUAAGGGAAUGAAUUUGCCAAAAUCGGAAGAACCACCAAAGAUUGUUGCUUUUGUUGACUGUGGGCAUUCUUGUGUACAAACAUCCUUGAUUGCCCUCAUUGCUGGAAAUGCUAAAGUUUUUUAUUUUCUGUGUUUUUCUAUUUUUUUUAUUCAGGUACUCAGUGCUGCUCACACUUUGGAAGUUGGAGGACAUUAUUUUGACUUACUCUUACGUGAUUAUUUUGUUGUACAAUUCAAGGAGAAAUACAAUAUUGAUGUAACUAAAAAUCCGAGGGCUAUGUUCCGUUUAUUGGAUGAAUGUGAAAAGCUUAAAAAGCAAAUGUCAGCAAAUAGUCAAAAUAUUCCGUUUCAUAUUGAAUGUUUCAUGAAUGAUGUUGAUGUUAGUGGAAGCAUGCAAAGAACGCAAUUUGAAGAAAUGGCUCACCAUCUUUUUGAGAAAAUAAAUCUGAUGCUUCAUACGUUAUUUGAGCGUGCACAGAUAAAUGUGGAGGACGUUUCGGAUGUUGAAAUUAUCGGUGGAUCUUCUCGAAUUCCUCGAAUUAAGCAAAUUAUUGGAGAAUUUUUCAAAAAGGAGCCGAGAACUACAAUGAAUCAAGAUGAUGCAAUUGCAAGAGGAUGUGCUCUUCGUUCUGCUAUGUUUUACCCCGCCUACCAAAUGAAAGAAUUUGCCUUAGAAGAUCCUUUUGAUUUAGUUUUGGAAACUAGUAAAUUGCCUACUGAAAAGUCUGUUGCGGAGCUACUUAAAAUUGAGAAAGAUAUGCAAGCCGCUGAUCAGAGAGCUACUGAACGUUCUGAUGCAAAGAAUGCUUUGGAAGAAUAUUGUUUUAGAAUGCAACAUACUUUUGAAAAUACGAAAGCUUGUGAGGGUAAAGUGACAGAAGACGUGCGACUUUCUUGCCUUAAUGAAUGUUCUGAAGUAUUGGAAUGGCUUGAUAUGAAUUCUACUGAAUUACAGAAGAAGCAAAUUGAAUGCCGGCAUUCUGAACUUGAAAAGUAUUGUAAACCAGCUCUUAGUAAAUUAUUUGCUGUAUCUGAAGCGAAGAAAGAAAAACAGGCUGAUGUGCCAAAACAAGAAGAUAGUAAUCAGAAUGGAAAGGAUCAGCCAAAUCAAGAUAUUGAAGCAAAAUGUGAGGAUGAGAAUGUUGAUAAUAAGACAAUGGAUUCAUCCAACCCGAAACCUGAAUGUAAUGAUGCUGAAAUGGAUUAA